AUGGGGCAAAAGGGAGUGAAGAGAAAGAUGUGUGUCAAGUACCAGCGAGGAUACCUCCUGAGUUUCUUCACCGCCCCGCCCCGCGCAGGGCCCGGAAGGCGCCGGGCUGGGCUGGGCCGGGCCGGGCCGGGCCGGGCCGGGCCAUGCGGGCGGGCGGCGGCGGCGGCGGCUGCGGGGCUGCUGGGGGCGGCGGCGGCCGCCGCGGCGAAGCUAGCGGUGGGGCCGGGCGGGGCGGCGGCCGGAGCCUGGCUUCCUGUGCUGCUUCGCAUCGGCUGUGUUGGCCUGGUGUUUGUGUGCAAUGCGGUGAUGUGGACGCUCUUUGCAAAAGCCCUGCGACUCUCGUCCUCCUCAGCCACUGCCUCUGUGACGGCGACAGCCUCCAACUUCAUCUCUUCAGCCAUCCUGGGCAAGCUUCUCUUCGGGGAGUCAUGGAAGCUUCUGUGGUGGGUCGGCCUCGCCAUGACGCUCUGCGGCCUCAUGCUGCUGCAUACAGCUGCGCCCCAGCUGGCACAUCUCCCAGCAGAGAAGAAGGAGGCAUGAUGGCUGCCAGAGGGGGCACAGCACCUUGCCACCCCUCACCCCUCACCGGCCUGCCUCUGGCCAUGGACCUGCUGACCCCUGCUCGCCUGCUGAUCUGCCAACUUGCAAAGUCACAUCGAUGGCAUCUUUCCUGGCAGGCUGGUGGUGGUGUGGUGGCAGCAACAGCCUCAGAGGGAGCUAGUCUGUUCUGAGCCAGUAUUGUGGAAAUUGGGGCCAGAGGCUUAUCAGGUGCUCUUCAUACCCUGCGGCCGCGGAGCUUUCCUGUUCAGGGAAGGCUGAAAGUAAACGUGGUGGCUGUGGAAGGUGCCUGUACAUCAGUACUUUUCCAUAAGAGGACCGAUCUCAAAAUAGAAAAGCAAUCAGAAGCAGAAACUGAAGGCAGCUGGUAUGUUUCCUCUGCUGUUCCUGACUUUCCUCUCUGCCUCUUGAAAUGGCCCCAUGCCUGCCCUAAGCUCCUGCUGCCUGUAACGCUGUGGAGCCUUUUAUUAAUUCACUCAACUUCCCCUAUCAGCCACAUACCCCGUUUAACUUGCCAUUUGUAUCUGAUGCCUGUAAUUCCCACUUAGCCUUCCUGUUAUUCACUGUCAGACUGCUCCUCUUCCCUUUAAACUCUUAACCAGGAUGGGUUUUUGAUUGCCAUUCCUGCUGUGUGUAGGUCAAACUGUAAUUUUGGGAGAAUGCAACAGGCUACAUGUAAACAGGCAGCCGCUUUCCCUGAGAGUGUCCAUGUUCAACACACCCCCAUCCCCCUGCUUAAGUUGGCAAUAGCUUUAACAUUUGGUAAAAUGGAGUUUCUCAAGUAAUAUUUUUUUUUACACCUCUGGAUGAUGCUGAUUUCCAUUCAUGCAAUGUAAUCGACCACAUCCCUGGCACCCACACAUGUGCUAAAUUUUGGGUCAAUGAUUACUCAGUGGCGAGGAUGAGAUGCCUGUCAAUGCAGUACAUGUGUCAGGAAUCAUCAGUUCUAAGGCAUUGACUUCUUUCCCAUGCCUACGCAUCUUGUUUUACUAGGAAGUUUUUUAGUUGCAAUCCUAAUCAAGAAAUAUAAUGAUGCCUAUAAAUGUAUGCAUCAUGCUGGUGAUAUCUCUUGUCUGCUCUGGGCUUGCCAGGUUGUCUGUGUCUUCUUGUAACCACAUAAAGUGAGUCAUGAUUGUGGCAUGUGCAGCAAACCAAAGGACACAUUUCUGCAAGCCUCUGUGUCAGAACCUGUCAGGUUUGUCAUGACUGGCAGAUCUGCACCACGUCCAGCAGGAGUGUAAAAAAUAGGCUUGUGGGUAGAAAUGCCACUGGGAUUGGGUUUGUGCCUUUUCCUUCUCCAUAUCAGAAAGACGAAAAGUCAGUGUCCCCCAGAAGAGGCCAGGAGCUGUUUGCUCCAAAUCUCCUGCUUCAAAAGAGUCUAACUGACAUUUCUUUAUUACAGUUGUUGUUGGAAGUCAAGGUCUAGGAGAUGUCUGCACACAUGCAGGAAGCGUGGGUGGCAUUAUCCUUGGUGAUGUUCACUUUUAAGGCAAGAGAACGUAAACUGGGGCUGUAAAUUUGCUGUCAUAAAUAAUUGAAGGUGGGAAUGGAAGCAAUAUUUCCUCCAGUUCUUGCGGGAGGAAAAGAUUGCUGAGCAGGGUGCAUUUUUUGGCAGAAUCCCUUUCUUCUAUGUACACAGGGUUUAGCCCAUGUCUGCCAGUGUUUCUUGUCACUGUGGGGCCAGGGCUGCAGUUGCUAUAUGACAAAGCGGUGCGCUUCUGGUAGAUGGUGCAUAUGUGGUCAUCCAAAAUGCAGCUGGAGGUGAUCUCAAAUAGGGGUGCCAGCAUUUCCAGAUUAAAAUACUGUCCAAAGCUCAGUGACUGAAAUGGAAUAUUUGCAGAUACUUGGACCACACACACACACACAAAAGUGAUGCAAGACUAAUACGCAAGCUGUGUUUGAAGAGCGGGAGGUUCAAAUGUGGUAGACCUUGUAAGGUGGCUGAGGAUCAUGGCCAGCCAUAAGACCUUGGUUUACCAGGGCAGAAGGUGGGUUAUCCUUCGCAGAAAUGUGUUGAUUUUGUCUGGGAUAGAGUUAAUUUUCUCCAUAGUAGCUGGUAUAGGGGCUAUGUUUUGGAUUUGUGCUGGAAACUGAUGCAGGGGUGUCUUAGCUACUGCUGAGCAGGGCUUACACAGAGUCAAGGCCUUUUCUGCCUCUCACCCCACUGCACCAGUGAGCAGGCUGGGGGUGCACAAGUAGUUGGGAGGGGGCACGGCUGGGACAGCUGAACCCAGCUGACCAAAGGGAUAUCCCACACCAUAUGACAUCAUGCUCAGCAUAUAAAGCUGGGGGAAGAAGAAGGGAGGGGAGGACAUUUGGAGUUAAUGGCAUUUGUCUUCCCAAGUAACCAUUAUGCAUGAUGGAGCCCUGCUUUCCUGGACGUGGCUGAACACCUGCCUGCCCAUGGGAAGUAGAGAAUGAAUUCCUUGUUUUGCUUU